UGCAUUAACUGUCCAAUGAGAAGCAGGAAUAUUCGGAAGGUGCAGCCGUUACUGCCAUGUUUGAGUCCCCAGAAGCCGUUGAGAGGUCCCCUGACCUUGUUGACUAUGCUUCCAGCUGAUGUUAGGCCCCUUGGGGUGGACACCUGGAUGCAUCAGAAGCAGGACAUGGAGCCAGUGACCUUUGAGGAUGUGGCUGUGAAGUUCACCCUAGGAGAGUGGGCUCUGUUGGAUUCUUCUCAAAAGAAGCUCUACACAGAUGUGAUGAUGGAAACAUUUAUGAACCUGAUCUCCAUAGGGAAAACAGAGGAAGAAAAUAUUGAUGUGGACUACCGAAAACAACAGAGAAAUCUGAGAAUUCAGGUUAUUGAACGAUUCUGUGGCUAUGAACAUGGUAGUCAGUGUGGAAAGACCCACCAACAGAUGCCAGAGAAUACUGUUAAUGCAGACAAUCAUCCUGCAGUCACAGUUUAUGAAAGCAGUAUGUAUGUAAAACACAUCAAUGCUCACUCAUCCUCCGAUAUGCUUGUUAGAAGUCAAACUGAAGAGAAACCGUAUGGGUGUCAGGAACAUGUGGAAAAGGCUAUUAAAUAUGAAAAAUGUUGGAAAGAUUUCAUUUAUUCUGAGUCCUUUCAAAUACUCAAGAGUGCUCCUGGUACAGAGAACGUCUGUGAAAAUAAACAGUCUAAUGAAUCUUAUAGUAAUCUCACAUCUCAUCAAGAUUUUGAAGGAACUCUCACUGGAGAUGAGCCAUGUGAAUAUAAGCAAUUCGAGAAAACCUUAAAGGAAGAAAGUUAUGUUCAAAUAUGUGAAUCCAGAAUCCAUACUGGAGAAAAGCCAUUUACAUGUAAGCAAUGUGGAGAAACCUUCAUUAAUUCCAGUCACUUGACCAAACAUCAGAAAAUUCACACGAGAGAGAAAACUUACCCAUGUAGACAUUGUGGGGAAACUUUCAUGUAUUCUAUGGCCCGUCAAAAUCAUGAAAAAACACACAAAAGGGAGCAUAGUUACAUAUGUAAACAUUGUGGGAAAGUAUGUAUUCAUUCUUACCAUCUUCUCCAGCACGAAAGACGUCAUACUCGAGAGAAACGUUAUGCAUGUAAUCAAUGUGGCAAAGCAUUCAGACGGUCCUCAAACCUUCACAAACAUGAAAGAAUUCACAGUAAAGAGAAACUUUAUACAUGUAAGCAAUGUGGGAAGGCCUUCAUCAGUGCAGGCAACUGUUAUAACCAUGAAAGAAUUCACUCUGCAGAGAAAACCUAUGUUUGCAAGCAGUGUGGAAAAGCAUUUACAUUUUCCUCGUACCUUCGAAAACAUGCAAGAAUUCACACUGGAGAGAGACCCUAUACAUGUAAAUAUUGUGGAAAAACCUUCACCCAUUCUAGUGCUUAUUACAGGCAUGAGAAAAUUCACACUAGAGAGAAACCAUAUGUAUGUGUGGAGUGUGGGCAAGCAUUUACUUUUUCCAAAUCCCUCCAAAUACAUGAAAGAACUCACACUACUAGAGAGAAAUUCUACAAGUGUAAUCAGUGUGGGAAGGAAUUUGUGUAUUUCUCAUACCUUCGAAGACAUGAAAGAUCUCACAAUGAAAAGAAACCCAAUGGGUAGAAUUUAAAUUGUGUAAACCAUGUGUAACUGUAAUCAACUUGCUUUUGAAAAUAUUUAUUUGUCACACUUA